CCAAUCCAAAAGUGACACAUUUACUGAUUCCAAAAUGUAUCUAUCUUCCCAAGAGCAUUGACUUUGAGGACAGGGUGAGUCGUGGUCGAAGUGGGUCGGCGCAAACUGCAACAACCGGACGAGUGCCUGACAAAGAUGCGAAAAACGUGACGCAAGUGGAGAAG